AUGCAAUACCAGAAGGUUCUGCAAUACAAUGAACACAUUGGAGUUGUUUCGAAUGCUGUUGUCAAUGAAUCCUUCACUGCGGGAGAAGCCGUCAAAGGGUACCAGCCUUUUGAAAACUACCGACCUGUGACGCCAGUAAACAACUUCGAGCCAUUAAACAUUCCAAACUUUGCCAGUGUGACGUCCGGCCAUGCAUCCAUCCUUACCAGAAACAAGGUCCGGGGGCCAAGUAUCAUCAAGCCGAAGUCGGGGCUUAUCGAUGGCACUAUUCAUGUGGAUCAGCAUCCCGGUCCAAAGAAGACGAAGCUUGAAAAUGACCGAGCAGAAUUGAAAGGAAAUUUGUCUUGUCUUUACAACCAGCCUCAGUAUGGCUCCAUCGAGGGUAUCAACUGUUUCCGUCGCUUGCUGGACCUUUUGUCAAGGUUUCCAGACGAAGAACUCAUCAAUGUCGCCAAGACUUACUUCUAUGCAAAAGAUGAUACCAUUCUAGGGAAAAUCAUAACCCGACGAAUGAAAAGUGACCGUCUGUACCUUGUUGAUGCCUUCGCUGAACUGAACACCAAGCUCUCCAUUGACCUUCUCGUCAAAUUUGGCUUCAAGGCCAGCCCAGAGAUCAUGAGAAGGAUGUUCUCUCAUUUUGUGGGACAGGAUAGUCUGCCUCAGCAGCUUUUUGUGAAGGAGUUGAAGCAUUACGCUUUCCACCCAGAGGAUUUCCCGGAUGAGCUAAAUAGACAGGAGACCCGUCACUCAGCCCUUCUCGUGCUUGGUAGCUAUGUGAAUACACUGAAGAAGCACAAUGAAAUGGAGGAGGCCCAUUCCUUGAUUGGGGAACUCGAGGCAAUGCUUGGAAUUCACGAUCCUUACAAAUACCGACUAAAGAGGUCACUGUUAUCAGAACAAGAGGCGCUGGAUCACGAUACCAUGAACAUGAUCCUGAUUGAAGCUCUCGGUAAUGCCGGAAUGGAGAGAUCAUACGAGCACAUCGUGUCCUAUGUUAAUGUGACGACAGUCCCUCUUCUCAAACGAUCGGGACUUCACGCUCUACGAUACUUCCACCAUGAUGAGGCUGCCGAGUUACUGUUCCAAGUUGCAACCAAUGAUGCGGAUGACGUGGUCCGCUACGAAGCAGGGCUCCAUUAUCAACGCCACCCCAAGGCUGUGCCGGCUAGUCUCUUCGAUGGACCUGGGCCGAAGAAUGGUACCCUAGUCGAAGAUUCAAGCAUCCGUGAAAUUGACAAUGCGAUCAUCGGACCUCAAAGAAGGGAUCUUGGAAGCACGCUCAAAUCUGUCUUCAAGGGCUUCAAAUUCAAUCUCAAGUCGCCUAGCAUGGAUUGGAGGAAAGUGAUUGGCUCGACCAAAAUUGGCGCAUCCUUUGGUUUGACUAUCAAGAAUGGGUUGGAUCUUGACAUAGCUCCUCUCGAAGGCAAAAUGGAGGUGGAUGUCCACGAUGAAGCCUACGCUCGCGUCCAUCUUGGAUUCAUGGGAAUCAAUAUCGACCUCCUCCUCAUCCGCGUCUGCUUUCACGGCAAAGCGGAAUACAAUCUCAAUAUUUUGCAGGAGUUCAGUUUUGAUAAGAUUCUUGCACAGAUCAAGAAAUAUGAGAAUCUAAUCGGCGACACUGUCCAGGCGGUGAAGGAUGGCAUCAGUUUACUUGACAAACUGAUUAACGGCGAGAUCAAGAUUGGUGACAUCUUCCAGGCGCUGAUUGAUGCCCUUGAAGCGUUGCCUGGCAUAGUGGUGGACAUCCGCAAGCGAGCAAUGAACGCAAUGAUGAAUAUUGGCGUUUUUGACGAGGAUGAACUCCCACCAUUUAUCCGUCCUGCAAGAAACGUGAUCGUCAGAAUCUCGACCCUGUAUAAUGAUAUCAGGACGGAUGUGAUGGACUUCUAUAAUAAACUUGUGGACUCGAUCACGAUCAUCAUCCCAAGGUCUGCCAAGACUUUGUUCGAGUCUGUCGAGGCCAUCAUUAAUUCGAUUGCGUCAUUCAAGGAUUCGCCCAAAGAGGCCAUCUCUCAGGUGUUCAAGUCAGUCAUGAACAUAAAGACGGCCGUCAUGGAUCUUCUCGAUGCCAAGAAUAAAACAAUGGAGGCAUGUUUCUUCCUGAAGGGUAACCGCCCCUAUUGGUGGGACCUGAAAACACAAUUCAUCGAGAUUUUGCAGGAAGUCAAGGUUGCUGUGAAGGCGAUGGCCAGUGGCUCCCCAAAUUGGAUUGUGCAGAAGGUCAAGGAAAAGGAUCCUAUAUUUGCUUUCACUGGUGGAAACACAAGCACGAGUGACCUGAGACGGAAGGUUGUUGAAGAUAUUCAGGCCGUCAUUAAGUCUCUCACCGAACCUUUUGCCAAAUUGUCGAAAAUGAUCCAGCCAUUUUUGGAUCAGUACAAUUCCGUGAUGAAUCUUGUUAACCGAAUCAAGGAGGCCUAUGUGCAACUCAAAACUGGGUACGAAACCGCCAGGCAAAUGAUCGACAAGAUAUUUGGGCCAAAAGCGCACAAAAAUUUUCCGCGGAAGACUCGUGAGAAGGGCGGGAAAUGUAAUGGAGAUGGUUUUUACCCGUCGUUGCUCAAAAACGGUGAUGAUGCGGACGAGUACCCCAACAGUGGGUUGGACUUGCUGGUUAAACCAGGAACAAGGAUCGUGGCACCAUUUGCUGGGUCGAUCAUGUUGACCGAUAACAGCUACGAAGUCAAGAUCGAGGUGAUCGGUGGAUCUUUAGCUCGCAAUGAAAUCUUCUUGACCAAUAUCGCGCCAAACGACACCAUCAAGAAUCCAACGGAUAAGGAUUAUGUUUUGAAUCAAGUUUAUGCAGGCCAGGAGAUUGGUGUUGCAAUCCUGUCCAAGCGAUGCGACAAGGCAACCAACCACAUCCAUUUUGCAAUGAGGAAGACCAUGCCACGAGGUGUUGUUGACCCAACCCGAUACUUGGAACCAAGGCCGAUACAAAUUCCAACGUGGGUUUCGGUUUGUGACGAUUAUAAAAUGGUGUAUAAGGGUCAAACCUUGGCUGCUGGCUCUAUCAUUGGUCUCGCAGGCAAGGCUUUGAAGGACAAAACGCCGCCAAGAAAACCGGCGCCAACGACGACAAUGAAACCAAAAGCUGAAAACAAGCCUAUCUCUCAAACGCAAAAGGAACUCCAAACUGAGCCCAGCUCGAGUUUUAACAUGAUGAAGGAAAAAGAAAGUCAAGGCAAAUCCCCUAAGAAGACGCUCGGCUUCCCAGACUUCAAAGCUUUCGGAAACAAAGUCCUCAAGAAAUUCAAACUACGCGAUUUGAAGAUGGGUGCCAUUAUUGCAUUUUUGGACGAACUUGGGAUGAAAGAUAGUACAGUUAAAAUGGCAAAGGUUAUCAAGAGGAUUAAGGAGCUUAUUGACAGUAAGCCGUGCUUUAAUCCGCAUCAGUUGACGGAUGACCAGCUUCGGCUGGAACUUGGCGACCGAAAGAUGAAGACGACAGGGAAUAGGAAGCAGAUGAUGCAGCGAAUAGUUCAGGCUGAUCAGAGAUGUCCCCUCAUGCAGCUGAGGAUGCCCAAGAAGAUGUACUGUACCUUCGAUGACCACUGCAUGGGAGUCCAGUGCUGUAUGAACGUCAAAGUGGCCAUGUUUACAAAGGCAUUUAAAGCAUAUGCUCGCUUUGAUCCAUGCGACUUCAAGUUUGUACUCGGAUUUGAGAACUGGAAGUAUGAAAUCAAAAUUUCUAUUUUCUUAGGUCAUGAGAAUGAUAUCGGUACCGGAAUAAAGCUGGACCUGCUUGGUGGAAUUGAGCUACGAGUACGGUACAAACUGGAAAAGACAGAUUCCGAAGCCCUCGCCACCUUUGUUGCUGCUGUGUGCAAAGAGAAUGACCCCAAGACCUGUCUUGUUGAGCUACCUCUGUUGGAUGAGGCUGCUAUUCCUCUGCCGCAGUGUUUCGAGAACGGAACCAUUGUGUGGCCUGAUGUGAACUGGGAUGAUUUCUUCAGCAAGGAUGCAAUCAAGAAUCGUCUGAAAGAAGCUGGAAAGAAAGCUGCCAAGAGUGCCAUCACAUCUGGAGCGUCUCUCUUACUUGAACAACUUGGAUUGCCAUCGGGUCUGUUGAAAGCUACUGGCCCCUGCCCGCGGCCGAGCGAGAUGACAACAAAGGUGCUGGACACAGAAUUGGAGAAGAGGAAGCUCGCCACAAAUGGCACGCGUGCUGAAAAGAACUUAAGACUGCGAGACGAUGACUUUUCAUGCUCUGUGAUGGGAAAAGACUUCAAGCUUCUGCCCAUCCCGGACGGCCUAGUCAACAAUACCUAUUACUCAAUCUCCGAUAACUGUAUGAGAUUUGAUGCUUGCGUCGAUUUCAAGAUCCCGCAGAUCGACUAUACGAAGGCAUUCCGGGCGUAUAUUGACCUCGACAUGUGUAACUACGAGAUAAACAUUGGAUUCGAGUUGUUCAAAGUCAACAUCGUGAUUUUCACCUAUCCCUGGGGGACGGAUAGGCAACUUAAUAUCAGCGACAAUGUUAUUAUAAAUUAUAACAUCGACAAGAAUGAUGAGAAGAAAAUCUUCAUUGUCACCUUGGGGAUCAAGAUUUGUACAGACGCGGACUGCAUCGUUGACGUCACUCUCCUGAAAAAGAAGACGAUCCUGCAGCCGUUCUGUAAUGAGAACUUCACGGCUUCGCUACCAGGCAAUGGUUCAAUCAGUGGGUUCCUCCAAGCUAUGGGCGGGGAGAUGUCCAUGGCUGCUUUUAAUGUGAUUCUGAAGCAGUUUAAACUUGACGAAGUUCUUCUGGAUGGACAAUGCGUCAUGCCAACAAUGGCUCCUGAUUCGUGCCCUUGGACACUCAACCUCGACUUCCUCCCAGCCCCCGUCAAGAAACUCCUAAACUGUAAACUUGCCGACAAUUGCUUCGGAAUCGAUUGCUGUAUAGAACUCCCCUUCAAGCUGCCGCUGGUUAAGGAACCGGUGUAUAAGAAUAUCAGGACGUUCUUCCAGUUUGAGCCAUGUAACUUCACCUUCGAAGCCGCGUUCGGCCCAUGGAAUUACAAAACGAAGCUGAUUUCUUAUGACUGGGGGAAGAAAACCAGUCUGACCAUUGGAUCAGGGGACCCACCGCCGAUUGAUAUCAGUUUCAUCAUCGACAAAGACGACGCUGCAAAAUCGUUCAUUCUGAGUUUGAACGUGACCGUCUGCCUAAACAUCGAUGGCACCCAGAUUUGCAUUCCAGAUGAGAAUGGAUUCCAAUUGAUGGAUAAGAUGGUUGUACCACUGUGUGACGCAAAUGCCAUGGCGGGAAUCGUUGCCAAGUUUAGAAACACGUCUAUCAAAGAUUGGGCCAAGACGCAAGGAAUUCAAAUCGGGAAGAAGCUGGCUGCAGCCGGUAUUGACCAGCUCUUGACCGAACUUGGCAUCAAACCAUAUCUGAAGACAACUGGGCAGUGUGAUUCUUCACGUGCACCUUAUGCCCCAGCUGUCAAUGGGUGGAAAAAUGACUGUCCUAAAAGUAUCUUCAAACUCCCAAAGCUGCCAAGUUGGGUUUCCUGUCAUCUUGUUGACACCUGCUCCGGCAUUGAGUGUUGCGCCGAUGUGGACUUCUACGGAAUGUACACCCAUUCGUUUACGUUUUAUCUCGUUCUCGAUACCUGCGACUACGUGUUUAAGACUGGCUUUGAGAAUAUCAACUUCAACUAUACCUUGUUCACCUAUGACUGGGGAAAGCAGGAAAAGCUCAACUUGAUGGAUAUAUUCAAAAUCAGUUACUCCAUCGGUAGAAUUCGAGAGAGGAAGAAGUUCAUCCUGAAUGCAGAUCUUUGUGUAUCGUUUGGCAAAAAUGAUGUUUGCGAUAUGGAGCUAAAGAUGUUGGAAGACACGGAGGUCCCACAAUUUCUGUGCGACAUGUCUGCAAACUUCUCUCUUCCGAGUGGCAUUUCUGUGAAAGAGUUCAUGAAGGAACAGGGUGGAAAACUCGCCGGUCAGGCACUGGAUGCUGCAUUGAGGGCCCUGGGACUUGGGGCAUUCAUUGGCGGAACUGGACUUUGCCCCAAUAAGGGAAUGCCUAUACAAAACUCAUGUCCGUACAUCGACAAAUACAACAUCAGCCUGCCAACUCUCCCGGACAGCAUCAGCUGUGCCAUUAACUACCAGUGCCUCGGUGUCGAGUGCUGCGCCAGCAUGGACCUUGGUUUCCUGCAGAGAAGCUUCCGAGCCUGGGCAAUCAUCGACCCGUGUGACUACAAACUCUCCGUUGGAUUCGAGGGCUUGGAAUUCAACUUGACGCUGUUUACUUACGAUUGGGGCAGGGAGGAAAAAGUAAAACUUGGGGAUUAUAUGGCUAUUGUAUUUUCAAUUGGGAAGUCAAAGACCAACUACAAAAUCAAUCUGGCUGUCACUGCCAACAUUCCCGAUUUUCCACCGAUGGACAUAAAAGUGUUGACCAACUACGAAUUUCCAAUCCCCUUCUGCGAUCCCAAUGCCACCUUUGUUCUGCCAUAUAAAAACUGGGACGAUUUCAAGAAGGAUGUGGGAGGACAGGCUGGAGAUUAUGCGUGGAAGGCAGCGCUAAAGUUCUUGGGGCUACAGAAUAUUGUGGAUGGGAAUCUGUGCACAUUGGCACCAGUUGCUCCGAAUAAUUCUGCAAUCUGCCCUCAUCUCAAGAUGCCCAAACUUCCGAAAUGGGCGCAAUGUACCUUCGAUGAGAUGUGCUUCGGAAUCGAGUGUUGCGUGGAGUUGGACUUCAAGGUCACGAAGAAGUCUUUGAAAGCCUGGGCGAUCGCCGACACCUGUGAUUACGCAAUCUCUGCAGGAUUCGAGAAGUUUAGCUACAAUAAGUCACUUGCCUCGAGUUUCUGGGGACAGGAGAUGAUCAUUGAUGUGUCAGAAUAUUUUAGGAUUUUCUUCACUGUGGACAAGGAUACCCCGAAAAAAAUGUUGAAGUUUGAUCUGAACAUGGCAAUGAUGUUAGACCAAGUUGUCGAUUAUAAAGUCCUCGACAAUUUUGAAAUGCCACAGCCUUUUUGUAACCCAGACUUUGAUCUUGGUGGAACAAUAUCGGACUUCAAAGAACAGGCGGCAGAUAACUUCAAGGGAAUGGUGACAGAGCAGAUCCUCAAAAGGAUUGGAUUGAGCAUGGAUUUCUUUGACAUGUCCGCCUGCCCCAUAUCUGAGAAUGCAGUCUCAUCAAGCUCAUGUCCUCAUUUCUCAGUCCCCUCCUGGCUCCCAGAUAACGUGCGCUGUCAAGUCCAGGAAAACUGCUUGGGCAUGACCUGCUGUGUAACCUUGAAGGUUCUUUCCUUUGAAUACACGUUCAAGGCCCGCGUCUUCUUUGAUCCCUGCAACUACACAUUCAACGCCCAAGUCGAGAAUUGGAAAUACCAGAAAUACAUCUUUGAAAAUUUCGGUUUUGAUCGUGAGGUGAUGAUCUUCAAUGCCCUUGGCUUGAGGUUCAAGUUGGUGAGCGGAGGCAAAGGUGACCUGUUGGUGACCUUGGACAUCAAGGUGUGCAUGGACGGCCAGUGUUCUAAGCCGUUUAACCUCCUCGAUGGCACUCGGCUGCCCUUACCGUAUUGCUCAGAAGAUGGAACUAUAGUUUGGCCAAAAGUGAAGCCUUCCGCCGAAGAAAUGAAGCAGUGGCUGUCUCAGAAGAGCAAAGAUGCGGUCACCGAUCUAAUUGGCCUCGGACCGAAAUUUUUCCGAAGUGAAGUUUGCGCGGUACCUGCCAAUACGACUUGUCCAUAUUUCAAAUUGCCAAAUCUGCCUGAGAGUAUCAACUGUGUGUUGAGUUCCUAUUGUACCGGUGUCGAAUGCUGUCUGGACGUCGAUUUGAAAGUUGCAAGUUGGUCUUUCAAAGCGUGGGCUCUGCUUGAUCCGUGCGAUUUUGUCUUCUCUUUUGGAUUUGAGAAUUGGCACUUCAAUAACACACUUUUCAGCUACAGUUGGGGCACACCUAAAACAAUAGAUAUUGCUGGGGCUAUCAGUGUGACAUAUACUAUCGAUAAAACGGCCGACAACAAGAACUUUGAGAUGAGCGUCAGCUUCUCUGUGAGGGCGAAAGACGACCUCAUUAUUCCAGAAUUCCAACUACUAAAGAAAGCGCUCAUUCCGAUUCCAUUCUGUAACCAAGAGGGCGGAAAACCUGUCCUUGAAUGGGCAACGCCGGAUGAAGUUUUCGAUUCGGCUAGUGGGAUCAUUCUCACCCGUCUUGGCCUGGACGCAAAUCUGCUCUAUGGGUCUGGCUGCCACGAGGUCAAUAACACUAACACCAAGACAUGUCCGUACUUCACCCUGCCGGCGCUUCCGAAACCCGUGUCUUGCGUCAUCAGCGACAAGUGUACGGGAAUCGAAUGCUGUGUGACCUUGGAUCUGAAGGUCGUGAAGAGGUCAUUCAAGGCCUGGUUGAAAAUCGACCCAUGUCUUUUCACAUUUUCUAUCGGAUUUGAGAAAUGGACUCUAAAUGUGACACUUUUGAAUUUUGCUUGGGGUGUUGAAAAGACAGAAAAAAUUGGCUCAGCAGUGAAUAUGAAAUACAUCGUGGACAAGACCGUGGACCAGCGUGACUUCCUCUUCACUCUCAAGGUUGACCUGUGCUUUGAUGAUAUCUGCGCCGAUGAUAUCUCAAUUUUGAAUGCAGUAACAGUGCCGAUACCUUUCUGUAAUACGGAUGGAAGUUUCCAAUGGCCUUCCAUUUCUGUUAAUGGCUUGGCGAAGGCUGCCAGCGGGCUUGUGCUCAACCGCCUUGGUGUGGCAAUGGACGAACUCUUUGGAGAGGAAUGCACACCACCUCAAGACAACUCUGACACUUGCCCAAGUUUCAAGCUGCCAUCAUUGCCCAGCGCUGUCAAAUGUAGAUUGACCGACUUCUGUACUGGCGUUGAGUGCUGUGCUACUUUGGAUCUGAAGGUUGUUUCGCGGAACUUCAAGGUUUGGGCGAUGAUUGAUCCAUGUCAGCUGUCGCUUUCCAUUGGAUUUGAGCGAGAAUACUUCAAUAUGUCGAUUGGAAAUGGAUUGUAUAAAUGGGGCGAGACGAAAACGUUAACGAUCGGCAAUAUCAACAUUCGCUACAGCGUUGACCACUCGCCCGACGAUGGCAAGUUCAUACUGACGCUCGACGUGGAGUUGUGCUUGGAGGGCAGCUGCGUGACCUUGAACAUCCUUAAGGGCGUGCAGAUUCCCGUGCCAUUCUGUCAUAACAAUGGAACGAUCAGUUGGCCGCAGGAUCUGACGAUGAAGACCAUCCUGAUGAAUAUAAUUGGUGUUUCUUCAGACUUUUUCAAGAAGCCGGCAUGCGUUGCUCCACUACCUGAGCCGACUAAGAGUUGCCGUGCUGUGAGCCUGCCUGCAAUUGCCCAGUCCGCGUGCAAGCUGACCGACAGCUGCAUGGGAGUACAGUGUUGUUUUGAUUACGACUUUAGAGUGAGCCGGUUCCAAGCAUACGCUUUCUUCGAUCUCAACUACUGCAUAAACAAGCUCUCAUAUGGACUUGAAAACAAAGUCUGGACAUUUACAAUGAUUUCGUUCGGGUUUGGAGUUGAGCACACGCAAAACAUUGGCGAUGAAAUGACCUUGACCUACACCAUCUGGGACAACAUCAAUCGUUUCACAGCCAGCUUGAAAGUCAGCAUCUGCUUAUCUAGUAGCGACUGUUUUGAGAAAGUUCUCUUGGACAAGACGGACUUCACGAAGCCUGGUUGUUCAAGACGCAGGCGAGCGGCACUUCCGUAUCAUCAUCCAGAGAGGAGAGCAUUGAGGUCAAAAUCAGUGGAUUUGAACAAGCUUGAUGAUACCCCUGAUGACGACAUUGAUGUUAUCGUCAAGAAAAUGCAGGCGGAGAACAAAACCGUGGCAGAAAUUAAGGCGUAUUUUAUGAAUGCAGCCGCUUCACGACAGAAACAAGGCCUGGUGGUUAAUGACAAGGCCCCUGCGGGUUAUAGGUCGAGGAUGACAUCAAUUGCCGGGACAGGUGCAGCCAGUUUCAUGAGCGGAAACCGUGACCCUUCAGGGAAGUUUGAUAUUAAAGGAGCUGACAAGAUCACGGAAAUGUUGGGCUCUGUGACGGGGAUUAUUGGCCGAGCUGCUGAGGCUUUCACCCCCGGUGCCGGGCUAACACAAGCUGGACUAGAGCUUCUUGGUGCUCAGUUGGCCGAUAUGACAGUCGGGGAUAUCGAGGCAAUGUUGGACACGCAGAAUCUCGAUCCGGUUGUUGUGAUCCUACUGAUGAAGGACUUGAAGGAAUUGUUUGUUGCAAUUUAUAACGAACUUGUCGAUGCAUUCCUUGCUGCGAUGGAUGGUGAAUUCUCGGCCCUCGAUGUUACGCUCAAAGGCGAUUUCAGCUGUCCCAAGAAAUUCGUAAAAUUCUUCGAGUACAAGCAGUUCUUCAUGGUGGGAGGGCUUGUCCCAAUGACAUUUAAGUUUGGCACAGAAGGCUACUAUGGCGCUGAGAUAGAACUUGGAGCUAAAGUCCUUGAGAUGAUGACGUUUGGUACAGCGGUCCCUUUUGUCGGCGUGAAUAUCUACGGAGAGCUCGGUAUCGGUUUCCUCUUGUAUGGCAAGCUACGUUUCCAGGGAAGCAUUUGCGAGCUACGUUUCCCGACUUACGCCGAAAUUUACUUCAACAAAUUCCCAAUGGAUGUCGGGCUGAAAAUGGACUUGGUUGUGAUUCCUCUCACGCUCAAGCUGAUAGGACUCGUGACCUUGGAAAUUGACCUUGGGCCAUUAGGUUCAAUCACAAAGACGCUCUUCUCCAUGAAUAUCUUUGAGUAUCGUGCUCCGUCAAUCACAACCAACAUCUUUAAUGUACAUACCAAAGACGAAGAUGAAACUCCGCCAUCCUUCUCCAAGUUUUCAUCCAAUGAGGUUACCAAGAGAAAUGCGGAGGCCAUUAGCUGUGAAGUGUCGCAGAUUGCUGGCCGAGACUACACUGAGCCGGCGUUCGAGAUAGCAGCACGAGCAGAGGAUGAUAAAUCACAAGUCAAGUUAUCGAUGGAUGUUGGAACCGUACCCGGCGGAAGUGAUCUGUUGAAAAGUGUGGAGGUUGGCGGCCAGUCAAGCGUCAUUACCACAGUUUUGAAUACUCAAGGCAUACCUGUAUACUUCAAAAUCAGCGGAUCGAACAGCGCCAGUGGCUCAAGCUAUGUCACGUGUUCCCUGCCAACAUACGACAGAACUCUACCGUUUGGCCGAUUGCGUGAAGCUUUCAAAAGUACUAGCAACCAUAAGGUGAUAAAGGCAUCACUGCUCGCCCUUGAGGAUUCCGAAAUAACCGAGUCUAAAGUUGCUGUUGGCUUCGGACGUGGGAUGUACGGAGACCAGAUCAAGCAUUGGCACGAGUUUUCUCUCGAUCCUGUGGCUGUUGUGAGCGCAGGGUCAGUGAUGGACAAAUUCACCGCAGGCGUGGCUGGACGACUGGUCGCAAAGAUUCACAGCACAAGCGGGAAGCCUGACGUGAUCAGUUGUGCAAGUUCAUGCCUAAGCUUGCUGCCAGCACAAUGUUUGAGUUUUAACUAUGAUUAUGGUAAUACUGGAAAGUGCGAACUUCUGGAAGGCAUUGAGAAUACAGAAAACAAGAUUGGUGCAUCGGGCAAUUUCUUCUAUUUUGAACGUCUCAACAUUGGCAAAGUUGUCGAUUUCAAUUUCGGUGACGUCUACCUAGAGCACAACAAUCUGUACUUCUUCAAUGUUGAGAUGGUCAACAGCCUUGGCUUCACCAACAUCAUCAGCACCGACGCUAUCCUGGUGGACCUCUCCCCACCAGACACAGGCCUAAUAAAGAACGCUAAGUCAGACAUUUUCGAGCAGACCGCUUGCGCCAAAUUGAUUCCUUCGAAUCGUCAAGACUGGUUGCCGCGCUGUACUGGUGCUGAUACCACAAUUAAAAAUCAUCGUACCGUCAUCGACGGGGAGGGCUCCAAGACCAUCUUCAAUGGUUACAAUGCAAUGGAAAACAUGCUCUACACGAGAGCCAAUCAUUUCAUCUCUGUCAACUGGGACGGUUUCCACGACAACGACACAGGCAUCUUGGGAUAUACGUGGGCAGUUGGACAGACGAUUUGCUCAGAAAAGAUCGGUGCACAUACCGAUCCUCACGCUCACCUUUACGACCAAUCAGAAUGGACCUACUCAGGAACUAUCUAUCCUGAUAAACAACUUGCAGAUGGCAAAUACUACACAACCGUCAGGAGUCUGAAUAAGGUCGAAUAUGGUGGCCCGCUCGCUACAACGGUCUGCCACACAACACCACUGACUAUUGAUAAUUCACCACCCAUAUUUAGGGAGAUCUUUGAUGUCGGCUACAAUGAAGAAACAUUUAUUAUCACAGCAAAACACAGCGUGGAGGAUCCUGAAUCUGGUAUUAACCGUACCUAUGGUUGCCUCGGCCGUACAACGAAAGAUUGCGAUCUCCUAGCCUGGACGCUGUUAAAAAGCAACGACAUGAUGAACUUCACUUUCCAAAUUCCUGACGGUGUGCCAGCAUGGCCAAAACUGAGAGCACAGAAUCAUGUUGACCUAACAACCAGUGGCAGCACCAAGACCCCAAUUCUGGUUGACACAUCUCCGCCGAUCCCCGGGGAAGUUUAUGACGGUGAUCAAACAUGGCAUCAGAGAACUUUUACUAUGAACGACAAAAAGGUGUGUGGUAGCUGGAAAGAUUUUACAGAUCCGGAAUCCGGUAUUGCAUAUUACCAGAUGGCAGUCACAGAUGUGAGCAAUGGCAAUAUCGUGGUGAAUCUGACCAACUUUAAGGCGAUUGACUACGAAGGGUGCAUUGACCUCGUGAAGAAUGGCUAUCCUCCGCUCUCUCAUGGGUCGUCCUAUAAGACCAGCAUUACUGCAUGGAACGGUGCUAUCAGGCAGCUGUUCAUUAAGGCAGAAUCUGCAGGCAUGAAAGUUGAUCUGACCCCGCCUGUUAUGGGUGAUGCCAUUGAUGGUGAUGUUGCUGGAUUCCACGAUGUACGGUUCAGCUCGCAGAGAGCGGCUGUAUCUGCCCAGUGGAGGAAUUUCAAUGAUCCGGAGUCGAACAUUAUCGACUAUGAAGCACAGGUUGAAGUCUCUCCCGAUGGCACCCAACCCUUUGAGGUGAACCACGCUUUCGAGUCAGUCUACCCGAAUGAGAAUUUCACCUGGUAUCACUUCAAUCUUGCCCACAAGUCCCAUGUGAAGACGACCCUGCAUGUGACAAACGGUGCCUUUAACACUGACACAGCUACAACUGAUGGCUACGUCGUUGAUCUGACCCCGCCCGAGCUUGAUCAUAUUGGAGAUGGAAGCACCCCUAAUGCGGACAUAAACUUCCAAAGCACCACCGACGAUAUGUCCGUCAACUUUGGUUUCCAUGACGACGAGUCCGGUGUCAAGAACCACAAGGUCAAGUUGUAUCAGAUUUAUGAGAAAACGAAGACGCUUAUCGCAGAAUCUACGGAACUUCCAAGUUCCCAGGAAGUUUUCACAAAAACUGGAUUGGAUUUGAAGAAUGGCGCCACCUAUUUCAGUUUGGUGUCAUCAUCGAAUAACGCCGAGCCAAGCCUGCAUGCCAUACACAAGACAACUGGGUUCAAGAUCGACAAGACCGCACCAGACAUGGUACGAGUUCGUGUCGGUGUUGUGACCGGUAUGAAUGAAGAGAGGUACAACGGCAAGGUAUUGCAGUCUGACAGGAAAGGUAUCACCGCAUCGUGGUUGGCCAUUGAUGGAGAAUCUGGCGUGGAGGAGUAUAGAGUCUGCGUUGGAUUAUCAAAUGGAACAUGUGAAGUGUCCGCAUGGCGCUCCAUGGGUAAGACCAUUGACGGUUACAUCGAUAACCUGAACCUAGAGCUCUCCAACAAUACGAGGUACUACUACGUCAGUGUGAAGGCUCUCAAUGGUGCUGGCCUGUGGUCAGAUGUGGUCUGCGGAACACCGCUCAAAGUCGUCGAGAAAGACAAGGCCGGUCAUGUCAUUGAUGGUGCCGAUGGUACAGAAGUUGAGCCACAGACGGCCAUUGGAGUAGACAUGGACUACACCCUCGACGAUCACACCGUCACUGUGCAGUUUGAAGGUUUCGAGAGUAAGCUCUACGGUAUCAAACACAUGUCGUGGGCUAUCGGUUUGAGUCCAUUAGGGGAGGAGGUUCAGCCCUACAUGAGGGAAGGUAUCGUGCUUAGAAAUGACGACUCUUUGCUGGAUGGAAAUGAAGUUGGUCAAAUUGGCGCUGGCAAGGCCUCCGCUCCGGUCGAACUUGAAGCCCAGAAGAAGUACUACGCAAGUGUCCGAGCGACGACGUUUGAAGGAAAGACUUUGGAGUCGACAUCCGAUGGGUUUUUCAUCGAUCAGAAGGCACCAGAGGUCAUCAUUACCAGUUUGGCGCUCUCGGACAACAUAACGAGUCUCGAAGAAGGCAAGGUUAUCUAUCAAGUUGCUAUCGACUCCCUCUCGGGAUCCUGGGAAUACAAGAUUGACCAAAAUACAAGUAGCCCCAUCAUGGCGGCAGUGUAUUCGUUCAGCACCUACCCUGGAGGACAUGACAUCGUUGAUCUGACAAACGUAGGCAAGAUCUAUGUGACCCACACCAACGCUGUCGCCCCUGGUAAAUUAACACCAGUUACGGACGGUCGUGCAAACAUCCUCGAGGUGUAUGCUGUGAAUGCGGUCGGCUUGAUCGGGACUGUAACGUCUGCGGCGAUAGUUGUUGAUGACACACCCCCAGUGUGUGGAAGGGUCACAUGUCCUAAGACCAUUCAGGCUGUUACUGAGCUGGAGUGCUCUUGGCAUAAGUUCUACGAGGAAGAGAGCUUAAUCACCUCCUUUGCGUUUGCGAUUGGAUCGGCGCCCAAUGAGGAUGAUAUCUACAGCUUCAGGACACUGCCGCCGUACAAAGAGAAACAUCUGGCAACACAUUUUGACUCCCCACUUGAAAACCACAAGAAGUACUAUGUCACCUUGCUGGCGAUCAACAGCCUUGGCCUGUUCUGUGAAUCAUUCUCCGAUGUGAUCAUGAUUGACGACACACCCCCUACGGCGGGAUUCAUCGUGGAGUUGUCACACACCUAUCACAUCGACUUCAAGAAACCGAAGGAGAGCAAGAAUGAUAUCAGGAACAAGAGGACUUGUGAUAGUGAAGAAGAGUGCCUGAAGAUAGACGCCGUCUGCCAGAACUCUGUCACACAGGUCUCCGUUGCCUGGACGCCCUUCACUGACAAACAGACAAAAAUCACCCAUUACUACAUCGCGAUUGGUCGCUCUCCUGGAGGCUCACAGAUCAAACAUUUCGUCGAGGUUCCUCUCACAGCCAACAACUAUAUCAUAGACAAUCUUAACUUGGAGAAUGAGAAGCAGAUCUUUGCAACAAUCAAGGCCUACAACGAAGCCGGGAUGUCCACCACUGCCACAAGUAAUGGCGUCUACCUCAGUUACGUCACACAGGGCCUGCCGCCAUUGAGCCAGAUUAUGGUCUCGGAUGGACCUGAUGUUUAUAAUGAUGUCGAUUACCAGGAGAGCCAGAGUACGAUCUCUGCCAGCUGGGACUUCCGUGGCGACCCCUGUCCUAUGAAGAGUUAUGAGUGGAGAAUUGAGAGGCUUGAUGGGGUGGUCAUGCAAAAUUAUUCUGAUACAGCAGGCCAGACAACUGGCAUCAACUAUAACCUCAAAAUGAAGGAAGGGGAGUUGUAUUUCGUCAUAGUACGCGCCAUCAACCAGAUCGACCAGGUCUUAAUCAAACGCUCCAAUGGCGUGACAAUCAGGCGCAAUCCACUACGCCCGGGACGCAUCUCCGAUGGUGAUGUCAUCGGCUACGAUCUGAUGUAUUUGCCGUCGACAAGCGAGAUAUCUGCCAAUUGGGACGGAUUUGGUAGUGGUGAAGUAGGCUCAGAGGUCAAGGUUCUUACAGGCAAUGCUGGUGUGGGAUUCUCAGUUAAUGCUGGUGUGGGAUUCUCACUGGAUAACAAAAAUCACCAGUUGGUCGACUAUUACGAGGUUGCAUUGGGGACUGACCGUCGCUUCUCACGCACAAGGGACAAUAUCGUACAAUUCACAAACGUUGGCUUGAAUCACACCGUCACAUUCAAGGACCUACAGCUGACGGGGGGAAGAUCGCAGUAUUUCUUCACCGUCAGAGCUUACAGUACGUCGCAGUCGAUGGCGGAAGUGACCUCAAAUGGAUUCUAUGCAGGAUAUGAUACUCCCGUGAUGCCAUCGGUCAUCUCCAGUCCGGAUAGUUUUUGGAGCGAUAGGACAAAUUUGGUGGUUCAGUGGGACAAGUUCAACUCUGGGACUGAAGUCGGCAUGAAUCAGUAUAGUAUUGGUGUGUCGGACAAGCCCCUCGCGCAGUUUGAUCAUGUUUAUACUCUCAGGCAACUGCUCACACUGAAUAAAGCAACAAGAUCUAAACUCUUCCCGGUUGUACCCCUGGAGAAUGUCCAACUCAAUACUGUUUUCAGUACAGGAGGCCUGAACCUGGUCCCUAAUCAUUUAUAUUAUGCCACGGUUAUUGGGAUGAAUGGUGCGGGAAAAUGCAGCAUGGCGGAACGUGCGUUCAGGUUCGAUAAUACGCCUCCGACACCGGGCGAGGUCAAGGUCGGUCCGUACUGGAACAUGCAAGCUGCGUAUACCAACUCUCUCUCAACCAUCGAUGUGGAAUGGAGGAAUUUUGCCGAUGCUGAGUCUGGUAUCAAGUGGUUUGCCAUCUCUUUAUGGACUUCUCUGGAUUGUGGGGCGGACCAUAAAAACAGCCUUACCGCAUAUAAAGACUGGAUCGUCCUUCCUAUAAAUGCCACAUCAUACAAGUUUGUUGAUCUGGUGCUAAGGAUGCAACAACCAUACUAUGUGAAGCUGAGAGCGGUCAACAAAGCCAAUCUGAAGACUGAGGUGAUGGCUGCACCCGUCCUCUUGGACACCACUGAACCGACCGCUGGUGAUGUCGUUGAUGGUCCGUUGUUUAAACAGGAUAUUGUCUGGGUGUCCCACAAUGAUAAGGUCACUGGCAACAUUCUUCAUUACCCUACAAAUUCCGAGGACCCGUGUCCCAAUCGUGAUAUGCCGAUGGAAACCUCUUGGACAUUCAUGGACACCGCUGCAAACCUCCAAGUUAACAACACACAGUGGGGUAUUCAGUAUCUCCGUCGUAACGUGGAAUACGUUUCCGAUAGCGAUGUUUUGCGGGUGACGAUGAGACGUGAGAGUGGGGAUGAAAUGUCCACUGGCGGCUUCUACAGAAAUGCUGAAAUAGCUAGAGGAGGCGUCUAUCAGAUUGGGAUCAAGGCGACCAGAGGGAAGGCUGUAACUAGUGUGGUCUUCUGGGACGGACAACCUGGCACGUUUGGUGACUACAAUUACGUGGAUCAGCCAUCGUGGGCCGAAGGAAAUUGCAAGUGCUGCCUUAAAAAACCUAUCCCGUCGUCGUGUGUUUGCAAUUGCACCACCUAUCUGGCCGACCUGGCCUAUUAUAAAAACCUAACGCAAAAGGCCACUGCUGAGCCUAGUCAAGAUAGUCAAGAUAGUCAAGACGAUGGUAUUCCGUAUCAGGGUAGCGGUGUUGAGUAUCAGACACAACGUGCCUGCGGGUUACAACUUGUGGGUGACGCCACCCCCUACGCCAUCCUCUGGUGUAGUUAUGCAAAUGACACGCAGUCUGUACUCAGCCAGAAGAUGGAUUUACCAUACGACCCAACUGCUGAUUACCACAAAUACACGAUAGAGGUCCAUUACAGAGAUGACGACCCAGUAAAUCCACAAUGGUGUUUCACAGUUAAAAACAAGAAACUUGGUCUUCUGAUUGGUGAGGUGUGCGGCAUUGAAGAAUUCACAUCAAAUACGAUCGCCAUCUUCCACGUUUUCAACAAAAAUAAUUACAUAUUGUCCGAUCCGUCUUACGAGGCGGUUGCGCUAUUCAAAGACUUCGUCAUGCCACCGUCUGCUCAAGAGUUGUGUCGCUACGGCAAGAUCUUCCAGGGCGGCGACACCGCCAUUAUCCGUUAUGAAGCUGGAAUCGGCACAAAUGCUACGCUGACGAAUAUAGCAGCUUUCAAGGAGGUUGCCACUCCUUGUGUGCCGUGCGUCAAAUCAUGCGAUGUGUUCACGUGUAACAAGAGUUGUCCAGCCAAGUCCAUUAGUAAUAUCCAGAUUCAGUUGGACGGUUUGUCACUGAAGUUGGACAAUAACAUAACAACCGCACAUGGCAAGAAGGGAGAAUUUAAGGACAAGUUAGAGAUAAUGUACUAUUUGACAGUGAAAGCACUGCUUGGCUCCGGUGCGUACGCCAUUCAAUCCUCCACUGGUUUCUACAUCGACAUCACGCCGCCCGUCCUCGAUAGCGACGUUGGUGUCAUGUACAUAGAUGUGAAGCGUGGAGCAUUCGAACCGGUUCAUUACCAGAAGUCCAGUGACACGCUUAAGGUGAUCUGGAAAUGUGACGACAGUGAGAGUGGUAUCAAGGAAAACAGCUGGGCGAUCGGUACGAAGCCAGGACAGACGGACGUACAAGGCUUCACCUCUGUUGGGAUGCUUGGCACUGGUACAAAGACCGAGUUCUGUAUCGGGACAUCUUUAGAAUCCAUAGAUGACGUCUUCCCAUGUACCUGGCUUGCCGUUAACACCAGCGGCCGCGUUGACAUAAAAGAUGGUCACAUCUACCUCAAUAACAUCAAGGGAAAACCGUUAUCGCAUUACAUAUUACCGGACAAAAACACAAGUAUGACGGCGCUGAAUAACAGUGAUAAUAGCUUUGAGAUGGAGCCAGGACGUAACUUCUUCACCAAAAUGAAAAUCUGUAACGAGGCAUACGCGUGUCGUUAUAAGUUUGUCGGGAGUACGACGGUUGUGGAGAGCGGCAACGUCAUCAAUACAGAAGGCGCGUCGGGUGAAAUCCCCCUGAGCGUAGGAGAAGAUAGAGUGAUGCCAUCAUUUACGGGUCUCCAAGCCGGCCAAACAGUUACGAUGGGCGUGAUCGAUAGCGUCAAGGCAAAGAAGAAAUAUGGCUCAGACGCAGUUGUGGAUUUUGUACCCUACAUCAAUGACCCUCAGUCAAGCAGUAACCUUGUGGAGACUGACCUUCAAGGAAGAAUUGUUACGAUGCCGGAUACGAGUUUCUUUAUAUCCCCCGUUGGACAAGCUCCAUUCAAUACCGCCCUGAAUGUCAAGAUUAUGGUCCCGUUCUCGAACGAAGUACCAGACGACUCACAGGAACGAAUGUUACUCCACUGGGACCCAACUGAACUCACCUGGAUGAUGAGUGCCACCUGUGGGGAAAUGCCAACAAUAGUUCCAAAUGAAAGUGGCAAUACUGUUUCGACAGCUGUCUGCAAGACCAGGAAAAAUUCCAAACAGGAAUACUUCUCCGUGGAGACGCAGUUUAUAUUUGCGAUUGUCCGUAAAACAUCAAGCGGAAAUGAGGUGGCAAAGAAAACCAUCGACAAUUUGUUAGACGCCAUUGAAACGAUUGACAGUGACGGCGACACUGAAAAGAAGGACCUCGAGAUGAAACUCAAAAUUGAAGCCCUCGAGAAACGCCUGUACGACCUCCGUGACGAUGUGCAGAAUCAAGAAGAUAUGAUUGACGGAACAAAUUUCUAACGAACGCUACGUUUUCCUGUAACCGAUUAACUCUAUGAACCCCAAGUCAAUAAUCAAUGAGGAUAACCAUUUCCCAUGAACUCAUCGCUGGAUUUUGUAUAACCUCUAACAUGUGUAACUGACGUCUUCAAUAUAUGUGCUUCCAA